CAGCUCUAUGUUCUAUCUAAGUUUUGUUCAAUUUACAAAAAUUUGGUUCCUCGUCCAUGUGUUUCUGCCUGUAGAUAAGUCCAAUUUGCAACUUAUUUUAGUUAAAAAUAUAGAUUUUUUUACAGAAAAUUUACUAAGAUAAUCUCUACAACAGCUCAGAUACAAACAAAAUUACAUCAGAAUUCAUGUUCAAUUUAAUUUUACUAGUUAACUUGUGCGUCUAUCGCAAUAUGGCCGUCCUGUAAUGAAUUGGUGGUCAGUAAUAUUAUUUGUGGUUCUAUCUCUCUGCUAAUAUUAAAAUGGAGCUUCGUGUCGGUAACAAAUACCGACUUGGGCGAAAAAUUGGCUCCGGAUCUUUUGGAGAUAUAUAUUUAGGAACAAACAUUGUCACAAGGGAAGAAGUAGCCAUUAAGUUAGAAUGUAUCAAAACGAGACAUCCACAGUUACACAUAGAAAGCAAAUUUUACAAACUAAUGCAAGGAAGAGUUGGAAUUCCUGCAAUUAAAUGGUGUGGGUCAGAGGGUGACUACAAUGUAAUGGUAAUGGAACUGCUUGGUCCGUCAUUGGAAGAUCUCUUCAAUUUUUGCUCACGUCGUUUUUCUCUCAAGACAGUACUCCUUCUAGCAGACCAACUAAUUUCCCGCAUUGAGGACAUACACUACAGAAAUUUUAUCCAUAGAGACAUCAAACCUGACAAUUUUCUAAUGGGCCUAGGUAAAAAAGGAAAUUUAGUGUAUAUAAUAGAUUUUGGCUUAGCUAAGAAGUACAAAGAUCCUCGGACUAAUCAACAUAUACCUUACAGAGAAAACAAAAAUUUGACAGGAACAGCAAGAUAUGCUUCAAUAAAUACACAUUUAGGAAUUGAGCAGUCACGUCGAGAUGAUCUAGAGUCACUGGGCUAUGUGCUCAUGUACUUUAACCGUGGUAGUUUGCCAUGGCAGGGGCUAAAAGCAGCAACAAAACGUCAAAAAUAUGAAAGAAUAUCUGAAAAGAAACUGUCCACUCCUUUUGAUGAGCUUUGUAAGAACCAUCCAAUUGAGUUUCAACUGUAUUUGAAGUACUGCCGGCGACUUCGUUUCGAGGAGAGACCCGACUACGCCCAUCUGCGUCAGUUGUUUCGCACCCUCUUCCACCGGCAAGGAUUUACAUAUGACUACGUGUUUGAUUGGAACAUGUUAAAGUUUGGAGGACUGCGUGAUAACCAUCAAACAAGUGGUAUUGAUCGCGCUCUUAGACGUCUUGAACAAAAUCAGGAACAAGAAAAUACCGCUGCGACAGCCGGCCAGCCCAGUAAUGCAGUGGCAGCAAUUUCGGAAUGGCGGUGAGGAGAGAUACCGCUGACUUCACGCUGAUAACAUCUCUCUAAAAGCACGUUGGUAUUUGUGACCAGUAUGUUCUGUGUCGCAGAAUGUACCUUACACAGACAUAAUUGUGACAAUGAAAGUAUAAGGACGCCUCUGCAGAUGAUCAGUACGGCAGGACUUGAGGCGUGAGCGUGAACUUCGACUACACAUUCGCGAUUUUGAAAGCGAAUCUUUAUAUUAAUUAAUAAAUAAAUAAAAAGAUAAAAUGAUUUUGUAAGCAUACAGGUUAACAUUCAUAUUAAUGUAAAUUAUUUAAAUUUUAGGCUAAGCAGGUUGAUAAGUGGGCCGAUGAACUCGUAACUUUUCUCGCAAUUUUUAAAUAUGUAACGUUAAGUUAUGUAAUAAAUAACGUUUAAGGCCUACCCAUACAUCCAUUGUACUUUGUGCUCAGUUAUAUUUAGAUAUAAGAGAAUUCAAUAGUAACAUUUGAGGCGUUCGUUCAGAAAAAGAACUAACUGCCCGGUGUCAGAUUUUGAUGUUCAGUUUAAAUAGAAUAAUCUAUAAAUAUUCUUUACAAAAGGAAUUAUUUGUCUUAUAUCUAAAUACAACACUCGUAUAUAUUUGGUAAAACUGACUGAUUGAAAACAAUUACUAAAAACGCAGGAAGCAUACUGUAGAAACGAGUUUAUCAGACUUUUCGAUUCCUACUGCGUUAAUUUUGCAACUUUAAGUAAGUUACUAUAAAUUGAAAGUGGGAACGGUAGAAAAAAAUUGCUCUAAACCAAAUUUGUCUGCACAUUGUGUAAAAUCAUUGCUCGAAAAGGUAUAAAACUGUAAAUAAACAAGUACAUUCUCUGAGUGCAAUAUAGUGAUGUUUUCUUUAACUAUUCAACAUGUAGUUUCAUUUGAUUUUGUCUUCCAAUUAUAAAUAUUAUUUACAACUUACAAUAACUCAAAUUAGUAACGUAAAUUUGUGAUAAAUUUUAUUUCCCUUGAAUCAUGUAGGUCACUGCCGUACACAAAAAAUCGUCACAUGAGAAAAAAUCAGUAAUGAUAGCUAGAACGUACCGAGUGUACAGUGUUCUACUAGUUCAAAGUGAGUUUUAUUUGGAGAUUAGUAACGUAUGCAGUUUAGAUUUUAAACCAUCAUUUCUGUUAUGGUUAUUUUUUUAUAAACUUUGCGAAAACUAUGAUCUCACGCAGAUUACCAAAUUUCAUAAAUCAUAAUUAAAAAAAAAAUCGGUUACCAUUUCAGUAUCUGGACACCGAACAAUAAAAAAAAUUACAAUCUUUGUAAUUGUCGUAAAUUGUAAAUAUUAUGUAGUUAUAUUUUAGAGCAUUUGUGUAAUGUAAUCUAGCGUCAAAUCUACCGCGCUGUUAAUACUAAAACUGUGUUGCUAUGUUAUACCUUACCUUAUUUAACCAAGGUAAUUUCUAUAUCCAAAGUACAUCAUAUACGAAUAUUUCUCGUUCAGUUUUUUAUUGUCCUUAGAAUUACUUUAUUUUAUUAUAGUCGUUUUAUAAUAACCAUUGUUUUAAUAUAAAGACUUUCAAUUUGCCAUUGUAAGCAUCAGGCAUUGUCAAUACGUUAAUCGUCAUCUCAUUACUGAGACAUUUUUGUUUGAUUUAUGUUAUUGAGCUGGAGAAAGUUUUGUAAAGUGGAACUUGUAAAUAUCAUAUUAUCGAUUUGA